GAGAAAUUGCGUUUUGGAAUAUAAAUAUAAUUUUUAAAUAAUGAGUAAUUAAGCUUAUAGAUGAAAUUACCUCAUACCAAUAAAUCCUUGAUAAAUGAUUAAAUGCUUGCAUUUUGAUGCUCAAAACAUGGCAAAGAUGAUCUGGAAAAUGUCUUAAACUUCAAAGAUUAAAAAUAUUAUCCAGUGAUAGAAGAAUAUUUCAAUUUCUAAAUCUCAUGAUACAUGUUAUGAGAAUGACUACAGCAAUUAUUGCACAUGAAAGCAACAGAAGGUAUAUCAAAUAUAAAAUGUAUUACAUGCUAGUAUUUGCUAGCUUCAUAUAACUUUUCUCUAUAAUUUUGCUGUUAUGUUCCGCUAAUUAAGUCACACAAUAAUUUCUAUUGAAUCGUAUAAAUGGGCUAGAGAAUCCUUUCUUCAAGAAAACUUAAUACAUUGCGUGCAAUAUACAUAUAAUGGAAUUCUGUUUAAAUGCUUAAUGAGAGAAUCGAUUUUCACUGUGGCCUAUUCCACAAACACUUCCGUAAGACAGAUUAUUAUUUUCACUUAUCGUAUCUUCUAACUUCGAAGAAACAUUCCAUGAAAUGGGCAUGCUCAAUAUGAAUAUUCGUCAAGUAUUUUAUAUUCUGGAACUGACAGGAACGUUUACGUGCGCUUGGCCAAUUAAUCCGAAUGACAGUAAAACAUAUAUCAUUAUUCGUAACAUCUUGUGGAUAUUCACGAUAUUGAACGUGAUUUUUUUAGCAAUAUCCAUGAUAUUUGCUAUUUUUCACUUUCGAAGCGAUAUACCUAAAUCGAUGAAAACUGCCUCUGAGAUGGCUGCUUUGCUCGAAGUCGCUUUGGAUUUGGCUCUUUUUAAAUGGAACAACAGCGAAUUGCAGAUUUUGAUAGAAGAAGUCAAGUCGUUCUUGGAGAUAGCCGACGAAUACGAAAUUAAAAUAUUACAAGGAUAUAUAAAUCGUUACAAAAAAUUCUUCUCAACAGUUUCGAUGGGAUACAUCUUACCUGCGAGCUCGUUCAUUUUGACGCCUUUGCUCUCUGAUAAAGAAUUACCCACAGAGGGAUGGCUUCCAUUUUCCAUCGAACCACUCGGAAUAUACUGCGCAGUCUAUGUCAAUCACGUUUAUUGCAUUUUACAAACAUUGUCAUUUUGCAUUUUUGUAGAUUUCACGAUUGUCAUCCUCUUUAGUUUCCCCGCUGCCAAAUUAGACGUAUUGGGGUCGAAAUUACAAAAUGUAAAUAAUUACGACAUGUUGGUCAGCUGUAUCAAGGAACAUCAAAAAAUAUUAGGAUUUGUGGAGAAUAGUAACGCUACUGUUGAGACUUUAAUAUUCAAAACGAACAUCACGAUGGGAAGUAUUGUGAUAUGCGGAGCUUUCCCCCUGCUUAACAAUCAAUCGUUGGACGUGGUCACUCAGUUCCUUCCUCUGAUAUUGACAGGCAUGUUGCACUUGUUCGUCAUCGCUUGGCCGGCAGAUGAUUUGAGAGAAAGUAGUAUACAAUUCGCAGAAUCGAUCAAUGAUAUUCAAUGGUUGGGUCAAUUAAAAAAAAUGAAAAGUUGCGUUAUUUUCAUGAUGAUAAGGAGUCAAAAAUUAUUUCUCAUUCGAAUGAGUAGUUUAUUACCACCUCUUUCUUUGGAAUAUUGUUCAAACGUAAGCAAUUUCAGUUACUUGUCUCGUGUAAAAUAUUCGAUUCACGAGGGCGAACAAUUUCUUGCAAUAAUGUCGAAACGAAUGACACCGGAAACAGUGAUUCGAAUUAUUUGGCUCAGCGUAGUAAUAACAGUCUGUUGGCCGCUUCCUAUGUGUAGCGACAAGGGUCGAAUAUUUGCCUUUAAAAUUUUACAGAUCGUUAGCAUUAUCAGCAUGUUCAUGGUACUCUUUCCCAUGUUAUAUUCCAUCUAUUUGCAUUUCGACGAUGUGAUCGUUUUAUCCCAGUGCAUUUGUCAGAUGAUAAUCUUGACUCAGCUUAUUGUGCAAACUUUUAUAUGCUUCGUCAAUCACGAUUCAUUGCAGCGUGUAAUCGAGGAGAUGAUGAUUUGUAUCAAGGAAGCGAAUCAAUACGAAACAGAAAUUUUUUGCAAGUAUAUCGAGAAAUGCGGUAAAUUUUGUGGAGUUUCCAUAGCGUGCAUGUACAUGACCGCGGUGUGUUUUUCGUUAGGACCGGUAUUCCUACCGAUUGUCUUUCCAUUGGAAACGGAAUAUCCAUUUCGCGUUAAUUACGCACCCGUGAACGUUCUCGUGUAUAUGCAUCAAGCUUUCCUCACUUUUCAAGGUGUUGCGCAUAUAUGUUUGAGCAUGAUGGGUGCGCUUCUGCUAUGGUUCGCAGCCGCGAGAUUCGAAUGUUUGGCCGUGGAAUUGCAGAAUUGCGUGAACAUCCCCACGUUGAUCUUUUGCGUUAAGAAACAACUACGAUUAAGAAGAUACGCGGAACAAGUGAUCGCUAGUUUUCGAUUUAUCGUACUUUACGCUAUAAUAGUAAGUAUGUUAGCUCUGACUCUAUGCGGGAUUAUAUUGACUAUAAAUAUACCGAUGCUUGAGAAAAUGAAGUUCAUAAUCUUAUGUUUUAUCGUGCUCGCGGAAAUUUAUCUUUACACGUGGCCAGCUGAUUACAUAAACGAUAUGAGCAUGAACAUUUCACAAAGUGCAUAUGAUUCUGUGUGGUACGAACAAACGAUAGAAUUGCAAAGAAAUCUAUUAAGCGUGAUAACGUAUCAAAAACCACUGAUUCUUUCCUUCAAAUGUAUAUUAUCGGAACUUUCUUUGCGUUAUUAUUGUUCGUACUUGUCUAAUAUUUUCUCCAUCUUCACCGCUUUACGUGUCGUCGUAAAUAAGAAUUUAUCAUAAAAUGAAUAUUAAAUAUCAUUUUAAGAUAUUUUUCUAUAUUUGUACUUUUGGAUUGUAUUACUGAAAUCAUAUUAAAACAAUUAUUGGA